GUUUUGGACAAGGAUCAGGACCAAUCUGGAUGGAUGAUGUGGACUGUAGCGGAUCAGAGUCCACACUGAAGGACUGUACAUCAUUAGGAUGGGGUGUUAAUAACUGUGGUCAUCAUGAAGAUGCUGGAGUCAAAUGCUCAGGAUGCAGAGGUUGUGUGUAGAGAGCUGGACUGUGGGGCUCCUGUACAGGUGCUGGGAGCAGCUGCUUUUGGCAAAGGAGACGCUCAGAUGUGGACACAAGAGAUUCAGUGCAGAGGAGACGAAUCACACAUUCAACGCUGUCCAUCAUCAACCUCACAUAAAAUAAACUGCACCCAUGAAAAUGAUGUUGGACUGAUAUGUUCCGGUUACACUGAUCUCAGGCUGGUAAACGGUUCAGACUCUUGUUCUGGAAGAGUGGAGCUUCAGUUCCUCAGUAAAUGGGGCACAGUGUGUGAUGCAUGCUGGGAUAUGAGAGCUGCCAGUGUCCUCUGUAGACAGCUGAAUUGUGGGAUUGCUGUGUCUGUUGUGGGAUCAGACUGGUUUGGAGAGGGAAGUGAUCUCCAAAGGGCUGAUGUGUUUGAUUGUGACGGGAAUGAAACAAAGCUCUCAGAAUGUUCCAUCUCUUCAUGGAGUCGAGCUGAAUGUUCUCAUAGUCGAGAUGUUGGAGUCAUCUGCUCUA